AGGCAUCGGGCCCCCAGGCGGAGCGGCGGGCGCCAGGCCCCCAGGCGGGGCGGCAGGCUCCGGGCCCCCAGGAGGGGUGGCAGGCACCGGGCCCCCAGGCGGAGCGGCGGGCACCGGGUCAUCAGGCACGACAGUGGCGGGCAUCGGGUUACCAGGCAUGACAGCGGACACUGGGUCAUCAGGCAUUGGAUUGUCUGGCUCGACAGCGGGCAUCGGGUCACCAGGCAUGACAGCGGGCACUGGGUCAUCAGGCGUUGGAUUGUCUGGCUCGACUGCGGGCACCAAGUCAUCUGGCAAGACAGUGGGCACCGAGUCACCUGGCAUAAUAGGAUCAUCAGGCUGGAUCAGUUCAUCAGGCUGGGUAGAGGCAUCAGGCUGGGUAAAGACAUCAGGCUGAAUUGUGGGCGCUGAGGCACCAGGCUGAACCACGGAAGGCAGGUUCUCAGACGGCAGGCUCACCGG